AUGUUUGCUCCAGAAAUGUGCUACACACAAUGCCAAAUCCCAAUAUAUAUUCCAAAGAAGCGUACUCCACAAAGUAUCAGGGAUUAUGAAAAGGUACAAAAGAGGAUAAAAGUCAAUGGAGCCAAAGUUGAAAAAGUUUCAACUUUCAUUGAUAAGUAUUUUGGUACACAUGUUACAAUUGCCAUUCUCACAAGCCUUGCCAAGAUCAUUAUGGGAAGAUAUGCCUUAAAACUCGAUAGGCUUGCCAGAAGAAACAGAUCAGCAUUACUUUGCUGGUAUGCAGAAAAUUGGGAUGUUAUAUUCCCAUUGCUCAAUGACUCUCAGUUUGAGAUGAAGUUAAAGCAUCUUAAGAGAACACAAGAAAUAAGAUCAAGAGUUGAACCAAUUAUUGCAAAGCAGCCUCAAGAAGGCUUCGUUGACCCAACUGAUCUUUCAAUUCUGCUGAAUUACUUUAUAUUGUUUUAUAUAGGUGUUAUAAAAAAUUCAAUGUUUGAAAAAUACAUCUUUCAAAAGUAUGAAUUGAAAUAG